UGAGCAAGAGAAAGCUUAAAGUGGAAAACGGAAAGAAGUAGGGAGAAUUUCUAAAUUGGGUACUUGUUUAAAAUUUAAGCUGAUAAACUUGAGGUUUGGGAACUAAUGACUUUUGCAAACAAUUUAUUAAAAGUUUUAUAUUCGGAAGUUAAUAUUGACUUAAAGAUUGACCAUAUUGGAUAUUUGAUAAAAACGUUUUGUCCACAGGAAUGUUUUCGAUUGGUUGAGAAAAAACAUUGUGAUUGGUUAUAUGAGACACACGUCAAUUGCAUGUGAAUUUGAAACGGUCAAAGAUUCGUGAGAAGAAUAAGUGUGGUCAAGACAUAUAAGUGUUUCUCAAGAAGAAAUAUUUGUAUAUAAAAGUUACAGAGAGUUACUUCCAGACAGUGUAAACGAGGCUUCGCGAUAACAAAGACGAGAUGGAAAUCCCAGUGUUGGUGAAAGCGAACGGUUGCACAGGUGACAUCCUGCAACGACCGAUAAUGACAAUGGAUGGUCACCUCUUGUCAGCAUUUUGGAAUAAGGGGGCAUGCAUUCCAGAUAAAUCAAUCGAGAAAGAAGAACUUAUAAACGAACUAAUUGACGAGAUCUUAAUCUUUAUGAAACUUAAAGCGGAGGUCGAUCAUGAUGAACUUUUAGAUGCUUUACGUAAUCAUCGACGUGGAAGUACGGCGUCGUCUCGAUAUAACACAACUGUAAAUACCGUCACAAAAGAAAAACAACGACGUAGUUGGGGACCUGACGACACUUGGUCGAGACGUUUCGUUAAUACUUUCACUGGUAAGCAACAAUCGACAAUAGUGAAAACAAACGACAAAACCACAGAAUCGCCGACGAAAGAAAAAAUAACAAAAACAUCAAAAUCGUCCGGCAAGACGACAAAACAUUCGAAAAAAACAUACCAGCAUGCAAACACAGAGUCAGUUUUAAGUAUUCGCAGCUGCCAGCCUUUAAAUCGAUAUCAAGACAGAGGUAACAACAAAAACAACGAUGACGGCGACGGACAACAAUCCGACACACGCCGGACUUUUAAUAGAAGAUUACGACAACGACGUAAGGAACUUAUGAAAAUGAUGUCGUGGAUGUGCGACGAAGGAUACGAUUAUAUACACACAGAGCAGGCGACAAAUGUGUCAGAAGUCGAAAUCUUUGUAGACGUCAUGUUAUCGUCACGGGUUCCCGUACAAAUGACAUUUAAGGUUAAUUCGCCGACAGAUAUUAACAUCACGUAUCAGUUUUUGCCGACAUUCAAAGAAGAAUAUAUGAUUCUCAACAUUAGCAAAACACAUUGUAUGGUCAUGAGGGCGUUUUAAUGAGAUUAUUAUCGACAAAAAUAAAAAUUUUCCACUGUACAAAUAUAUUUAUAACUUUAGAUAAAAUUUAACAUUAUUAAUACUAUGUAUUAUUAGGCAAUUUUUUCCCGUGGGAUAGCAUGUAUUUAUAGUAACAAUUGCUUUAUGCAUUCAUGCGUGACGUUAUCUGAGAAAUUAAUAUUGUAUAGAAUAAAUAACUUUAAUAAAAAGUAGUGGGUUAUUA